AUGCUGCAAAGUAACUCUUUAAAAGAGAGACUGAAAUGUAAAAUAGAGUUUGGUUAAGAUGAAGAAAAGCCAGAAAUAAUCAGUUUAAAUAUAGUAGAUGAUGCAAUAAAAUUUGAGGAUAGAUAUGAGACAUUUUAAGUACUGGGUAAUAAUAAUUUUAGUUAUGUAUAGGUUAGGGAGCACAUGCUAUAGUAAAAUUGGCAAGGAAAAGAGAAACUAAUGAUUUAUAUGCAGUAAAAAUAACAAGAAUGAAUAAUGAAGAAAUAUAUAAUAAUGUGAAAAGAACAUUUUAUAAUGCUCGUUGUCUUAGACAUCAAAACAUUAUUCAAGAGAUUGAAUUAUUUAUAAAUGAAAAAUAUUGCAGUGCUUGUUUAGUUAUGGAAUAUUGUCGUUUUCCUACAUUAGAAUAAAUAUUAAUAGAGAGAGGAACUUUAAGAGAGGAUGAAACUAGAUAAAUUAUCAAGUAAUUAUUAAUUGCUAUUCAACAUAUACAUAAUAAGGGAAUAAGUCAUAGAGAUAUUAAGCCAGAUAAUAUAUUAGUAAAUAUUGAAGGUAAUUGUGAAUUAAAAUUACUUGAUUUUGGUGUUUCAAGAAGGUUUUUAUAAAAAAAUAAUCACAUUGAAAUGCUAACUAAAACUGGUAACAUAUAUUAUUGUGCUCCAGAAAUUUAUCAUUAAGCACAUUAUUCAAAAGAAAUUGAUAUAUGGAGUAUUGGAGUCGUUAUGUUUUAAUGUAUGACAGGUCAAUUACCUUUACAUGAGAAUUCUAUGAGUGAUUAAAUUUAAUUGUUAAGAACACCUGAAUAAUGGAAUUUUAAGAAUAAAGUCAAGGAUGAAUCACUUAGUGCUUAAAAUCUAUUAUUUAGACUUUUAUCGGCUGAUCCAAAAAAACGGAUUACAACAAUAGAAGCAUUAAAACAUCCAUUCAUAGAAAAAAAUCUUAUAUAUACUACUUUAGCUAUGUUAUCAUCUUCUAAGAUGUUUGAAGAUGAAGAUGGAUUUGCAAAUAAAUGUAAAUCUUUAUAAAGCAGUUUAUCUAUAAAUCAAAAUUAGAAUUUGCAUAGAGCAUUAAAAACUUUACAUUUAGGAAUAGAAUAUUAAGAUAUAGUUAUAGAAGAUUUAAUUUUUGAACUUGGCAAUAUUCAUGUAGUUUAAAAAAGGAAUGGAGAAAAUUAUCCAGGUUUAAUAUAAUUAAUGAAUUCUCUUGGGAAUAGUUCAGGUAACAAUUAAACAGAAGUUUAAAAUAAUAAUGAGAAAUGCAAUUUAGAUAUAGGAUCUUCAUAAAGCAUAUGUAUAGAAAUAAACUAUUAAUUAGUAUCUACAGAAAAUUAUACAUAAGAUUAUUUUGGUGAUCUUUGUAAUAUAUAAUCUAGUGUCGAUCUUGGUAAUACAGGAAAUAAUAUAUAAAUUGAAGAUAAGAAGAAAUAAACAGAAAUAAAUUAAUUUGUAAAUUAAAUAGGUAGCAAGAUUGAAUGCAGUAUUGAUAUUAAUUUAACUGACUGCAUUUAAGAAUCUGGAUUAAAUAAUAAUUAAAAUCAAUUGAUUUCAACUUUGGAUGUAUUAGGAAUGAAACAAUGUAAUGAGGAGAUAGAAAAUACAAUAUGA